CCAGGCAUCCACUUCACUUGGCUUUCGACGGGAAGACGGGGUUGACCAUCGAUGGCCACCGCGACGGCGACGGCAGCCUUCGUGGUCCUGCUCCCACACAGCCGACACUCAGCUAGCCACCCCUCUUCUAUCUCUACCGCCGGCGCCGGCACCCGCACCACUCUUGUCCACCACCGCGGCCACGCUGCACGCCGGCGCCUCCCGCUCCGGCUCCCUCGAGCCCGAGCCCUGCUGCCCCACGGCCUCCCUCUGGUCCCGGCCUCCGACCACUGGGGCAACUGGACGGUCCUCCUGUCCGCGGCCGCGCUGGGCGUCUGGUCCGAGAAAAGCACCCGCGCCGGCAAGGCGCUGAGCGGCGCGCUGGUGAGCGUGCUGCUCGGCCUGGCCGCCACCACGGCCGGGCUCGUCGCCGCCGACGCCCCCGCCUACCGCGUGGUGCUGGAGUACCUGCUCCCGCUGGCCGUGCCGCUGCUCCUCUUCCGCGCCGACCUCCGCCGCGUGGUCCGCUCCGCCGGCGCCCUCCUCCUCGCAUUCCUCCUCGGAUCUGUGGCGACGACGGUGGGCACGGUGGUGGCGUUCGCGCUGGUGCCGAUGCGGUCGCUGGGGCCGGACAACUGGAAGAUCGCGGCGGCCCUCAUGGGCCGGCACAUCGGAGGAGCCGUCAACUACGUGGCCGUCGCGGAGGCCCUGCAGGUGACCCCGUCGGUGCUGGCCGCAGGGCUGGCCGCCGACAACGUCAUCUGCGCGCUCUACUUCACCACGCUAUUCGCGCUGGCCGCCAAGAUCCCCGCUGAGGAGACGGCGCACCCCAAAGGGGGAGUCAACGCCAACGGCGAGCCCACUCCGGCUGCCGGCGGCGGCGACAGGCUGCCGGUCCUGGAGAGCGCAACGGCGCUGGCCGUGUCGCUCGCGAUAUGCAGAGCAGGCAGGCACAUGACGGCCCUGCUGGGCGUACAGGGCGGCAGCCUCCCCUGCAUCACGGCAAUCGUGGUGGCGCUGGCGACGCUGUUCCCCUUGCACGUCGGCAAGCUCGCCCCCGCCGGCGAGGCCAUGGCCGUGAUCCUGAUGCAGGUGUUCUUCGCCGUGGUGGGGGCCAGCGGGAGCAUCCGCGACGUCAUCCACACGGCGCCCGGCAUCUUCGCGUUCUCGUUGGUGCAGAUCGCCGUGCACCUGUUGGUGAUCUUGGGCGCUGGGAAGCUGCUGGGGUUGGAGGAGAAGCUGCUGCUCAUCGCGUCCAACGCCAACGUCGGCGGGCCGACCACCGCCUGCGGCAUGGCCACCACCAAGGGCUGGAGCUCCCUGGUCGUCCCCGGGAUCCUCGCCGGCAUAUUCGGCAUUGCAAUCGCCACCUUCCUCGGCAGCGGUUUCGGCAUGUUUGUCCUCAAGCGCAUGUGACGCAAUGCGCUUGCACUUGAUGGAAAGAAGAGAAUCAACCUGUAGUAGAGCCUGGUUUCAUGGGCCUUGUUCAGUCGUGUUGUCACUGAGACUGAAGUGAGUUCAUGUUCUGAUGGUAGGAAUGGUUUCAACUGGUAAAAAAAUAGGUUCAGAAACACUCUUCCAAGCCUACAAACAAUGGUAGGAUGCACUGCACUGUAUGUAAUGUAUGUAUGGUCAUGGAAUUGCCAACUGAAUCAAUCAUUUGCUAUA